UUCCACAGUUCGCAGCUAACGAUCGCGGUUAGUGAUACGUCGGAAGUCUGUGAUGGAGGUAGAGUUGUCGCGUUGGUGUUGUGGUUAAGCUUGUCGAAGGUUGCCUUGUUUUGCCGUAAUACACAAAACCCGCGUUUUUGCUAAUUGUUGACAGUAUUAUUUACGUACGACGGUGAAGUGAAGGCAUGUGUUUCGUGAACGUUGAUUCUCUCCGGUCGGCGUUUGUUCUUUGUUAUCCUGUAGUACUGCGGUGAAACUAUCAAGCGUUGUUGGAUUAUACGUGUAUGGUUUAAUAUCCAGCUAAACUUAUAUAAACAUGAAGUUGGUAGACCACGUUGUUCGAAGUUUUAAGGUAGCGAAAGUAUUCAGGGAGAAUACAGAUAAGAUAAAUAGCAUUGACUUUUCGCCGAGUGGAGACACAUUGAUUUCCUGCAGCGAGGAUGAUCAAAUUGUGAUAUAUGAUUGUGAAAAAGGGACACAGAUGAGGACAGUCAACAGCAAGAAAUAUGGAGUUGAUCUCAUACAUUUUACGCAUGCAAAAAACACAGCAAUUCACAGUUCCACAAAAGUGGAUGAUACUAUACGAUAUUUAUCCCUUCACGAUAAUAAGUAUAUUCGCUAUUUCCCAGGACAUACAAAGAAAGUUGUCUCGCUCUGCAUAUCCCCUGUUGAAGACACUUUUCUCUCAGGUUCGCUGGACAAAACAUUGCGGUUGUGGGAUCUGAGGUCACCGAAUUGCCAAGGGCUUAUGCAUCUGUCAGGAAGACCAGUUGCAGCAUACGAUCCUGAAGGACUUAUCUUUGCAGCUGGGGUAAACUCAGAACAUAUUAAACUGUACGAUUUGAGAUCAUUCGAUAAAGGUCCUUUCAUAACGUUUAAAUUAAGCCAAGAAAGGGAGUGUGAUUGGACUGGACUAAAAUUUAGUCGUGAUGGGAAAACUAUUCUGAUAUCUACAAAUGGGUCAAUUAUCCGACUGAUUGAUGCCUUCCAUGGGACACCGCUGCAGACAUUUACUGGCCAUUUAAACAACAAGGGAAUACCCAUAGAAGCAUCUUUCAGCCCAGACUCGCAGUUUGUCUUCAGUGGGUCGACGGAUGGCAGAGUUCAUGUGUGGAACGCAGAUACUGGGUACAAAGUUUGUGUCCUCAAUGCAGAUCAUCCAGCACCUGUCCAGUGCGUGCAGUUCAACCCCAAGUACAUGAUGCUUGCGUCUGCCUGCACAAAUAUGGCAUUUUGGCUUCCAACUGCAGAAGAAAAUGCUUGAAUCUGUUGUGCACAGUGUCAGUCGAAGAUAACGACGUAUGUAGUGGGUGAGAUUUGUUAAGAUUACCCGAAUAUUUUUGAGGAGAAGGCGUUUGUAUGUGGAACCCUAUUUUUGACAGUAAGAUGAUGAUACUUUUUCGUGACAAAGACUUGAAGUGUUUCAUUCCAGGGUAAUUUUGUGUUUGGAUCGAGGAGAAACGUUCCUUGAGAUUGUAAUGUGUAUAGAGUACGAAAUUUUACAUAUUGCUUGAUGUAAUCGGUAAUAGGUUAUGUAAUUUUAAAUUUGGAAAGACUACAAGAAAUCGUUUCAUAUACUUAAUAGAUGGUAAGGUGUACAGGCCAGUAGUUGUGUAUAUGUAGGAGACUGUUUUAAUGACGACACACUACUUGCGUUGAUAAGCAGCACGGUUUAUGGAAUAUCAGUUUCUGUCCUCUGCUCAUGAACAUAGGGAAAGAGUCGUGCUUUUUCGGUUGUAAUAGUAAGUGGAUUACCACAUGUAUGUUGUGCUUCCAUCUUAUUUUGAAAGCUUUGCAUCUUUCAGAGUAGACAGAAAGUUUCCAUAUGAAAGAUGUCAGUAUAAGCUGAUUUCGUAAAUCAGCAUACAGGACAAGACUAUUUGCUGAAGUAAAUGUCCACAAUGUGUUUGUGCCCAGUGCUGGCCGAAGAAGGAGUGUGUUGCUGGAUUAUCUAUUUUGUACAAAUGCCCUCAAGCUGUUUUAAAGAGGAAUGAUACGAUGUGCUGACUGCAAGACAAUGUUGGAGAGGUUUGUGUGUGUGUGUGUGUGUGUGUGUGUGUGUGUGUGUGUGUGUGUGUGUGACAUACAUUCUGCUCAUUUUAAAUGAACAGUGCUUCAUAAUACCACAUACUGUUGAUAUUAUAUGUUCCAUGUUUUGGUGUAGCGCCUCUUAGUAACUGUAACAGUUACCAAAUAAUGGACAUAGCAUUUUUGUAAAUUUUAAUGGACAGUUUUGCAACAGUUGUUAGACUAAGGAAGUUUCAUGUUUGAUGUAUUGCUCUUAGUAAUGCUAACAAAUCAGCAGAUUCUAGAAAUCAGUUAGCAUUUCUGUAGCUUCAAAUGGACACUGUUAUAACUAUUGUUACCACAAAAUGUAGUGAAAUUACAAUACAGCCUAAUGAUCAUUAUAGAUUAUUUAAAAUACACAUUUUCCAUUACUCAAGUAAUAGCUCACAUCAAGCAUUUAGGCCUACCUCCAGGGAAAUAAACACUUCGGUAGUGAGUCUUAUGUGACUUCUUCUUGAUUAAUCUCUGCAUCUCAAGUGGCUGAGGAUACUAGCUACACAGAGCCGUUGAGGCAGAUGAUCAGAGACACGUUAAUUAAAACUUCUGCUUCCAUGUCAACUGUGGUAAAAUGGUCUGUUCUUGAUUUAGAGAGGAGGCUGAAACUCAAGGAGUAAAUCUAAAUUAAAAUGAAUAUUUUUGUAACUGAACUGGUUCUUCCAUUUUUGUUAUAUUGCUGUUGCUUCAGAAAUUACAAAUUUAUUAGAAAAAUCAUACUGUGUUGAGGAAUAACAAAGUUUCUUUUCUUGCAGAUUUGUGUUGUUGAAUGUAGAACUUUCAAUAUUUUGUUGUUCUAUUGUCAAAUGUUUGAGUGCAAUGUGAACAUAUAUUGUUCUACAUGUAUAUAAAGUGUAAAUAUUACUGUCUUGCUGUGGAACUGUUUAUAUGUAAUUGUUAAAAUGAUUUGUGAAGGCUGUGGAGUGUGCACAUUGGAGGAAAAAUACAUAUACAACACAAAUGUGGUUUUCAAACAAUGUGAAAUAACAGAAAUAGAAAAAAAAAAAUCUAUUAGUGUGAAACAACAACGCCACAGUUGCAUAACUAUGUGUAGGUCUGAAUAUAUGGGGAUUCUGUCUCUAAUUUUGAUGACACAGAACAGUACAGGCAUCAUUCUUGUGUACUCUAUGUAGAAGAUAGUACUACAAUUUGAGUGUGUUUUAGAAAAUUGGUUACCUGUGGUUCCUUGGAAAUACCUCUAUAAUUGAUAAGUUCUCAUUACCACAGUGUGAACAUUCAUUGCUUCAAAUUACUUUCUGUUAUCGAGAGUUUCAGGUUUUUAAAUUUUGUAAAGGUUUAAAUAAAGUACGAGGUCUCACCCCCCUCCUCACCUCCACCUCCAACAGGGUUGGUUAGCUGUCUCUGUUUUGUGCCUCUUUCAUUUUUUACUUUUUUUCUCAAUUUCGUGUCAGACUGUUUUGAGCAUGCCAUACAUGAAUUGUAGAUUUAGAUGCCAGUGGAUAGUGUGAAUAUUAAUCUUAAUUAAUGCCUCAGAAUUUUAUUAUCCUCGGAAUUGCAUGUAGGUUUAUAAUUUCACUUCAUCAGACUCAAUGAUGAAGAAAUAUGAAGUCUGCAGGAACAUGUUUUCUAGCACUCAAACGUACUUUUUUCUAUGUUCGUACUUUUCAAAUAGUGUGUACAUCCAUUUUUAUGAGUGAUAUAAAGAAAGCAAGCUUAGAGAGUGGCAUGUAGCUUGUGUCCUCUGUCAUUUGUUUCAGUGGAAAUUGCCUUAAAAGUUUGGAGAACCAAACCAGCUCCACAGUUACAUGCACAGCUUGAGAAAUAAAAUUUUCUCUGUGUCGUUUGCAUAUCGGACAACUUCCGUGGAGCAACAUUUAGGUUUGUUUAGCAUCAAUCCUUGCCAGUAUUAACAGCUGAAUGAACCAAAGAAACAGCUUUUGGGCCUAAUAAGUGUAAAGUAAUUACAGAUCUAAAUCUAAACCCAGUGACAAGGAUAUUUUCUGGCAAUCAUACUAAACUUGAAGAGGAUGAGAAAUGAGAAACUAUUUUUAAAAAAUUCAGUAAUCAAAUCAAUCUCUCUCUCUCUCUCUCUCUCUCUCUCUCUCUCUCUCUCUCUCUCUCUCUGGUGUGUGUGUGUGUGUGUGUGUGUGUGUGUGUGUGUGUGUGUGUGUGUUUUCUGACUGUAUGUUUUCUGACUGUAUGUUUAUUUGACCUUCUAGCUAGAACUGCUAGGUGAUUUUUUGUAAAAAGAUUCUGAAUUGUUUAUUUUCUUUAUCCCUGUUGCUACUGUUUAGUUUUCUGUCAGUAUUGAGAAGAAUUAGUGAAGUAAUUCUUGUUACAGAAGAAAGCACUGUUAUCUUUUACAUAUGUGCAUGAAAAUCUGAGAUUCUUAGCUGUGAUGUGAUAAAAUAUUUGCAUUUAUAGUGUAUUCUAAGUUACGGAAAAUAUGUGUGUUAGUAUUAAUAUUAGUGUAAUUUUAUAGUUGUGUAUUUGUGUAAAACUGCAAAAUGAUCCCUAUGUUCCAUGGCAGUUAUUCAUUCUCGUGAAUAUGACAUUUGAGUAAUGUGGUGCUUACAUCCCAAUAUUUUUGUAUCCACUAUUCUAUAUGUGUGUGUUGUAUAGAUUUGCCACCUUAUAAAUGAUAUAAUUGACAGAAAUGAUCUCAUAAGUGUCAUUUACACAUUGUGGCUUGUAGAUUAUUUUUUCUUGUUUUCCUGUUUUGUCUGCAGUAGCAAGCAUUUUUUCUGUAAUAUAGCCUAGUUUGAGAUGUUAGAUUAGAUAUUUAUUACUAGGAAAUGUUUGUAUUUGAAUGUGUCCACUCAUUCCUAUUUGUUGUUUCUCAUGCUGCUUUACAAAUUUGUGUGUAAGGAUACACAGAAUUACCCUGGUUUAUCAUUGCCUGUAAAGCUUAGUACUCAACUGUACAACAAGAAAUAUAUAGUUUUAGUUUCUCUUGUAGUGUAGCGUAUAGGUAGCAUCAGUGACAUGAUUCAGCAAGACUGCAGAAUUAUUUAAAUAUCUCGGUGGUCCCUAAAUAACAGGUUUU